AUGGCGUCGCGUUUUGUACGACGGCUCGCUGCGAGCCGACCCGGUGGGCUCUCCUCCUCCGCAAACCCUAGCUUCUUGUAUCGGAGCUUCUCGUCGGCCGCGUCGGAGUCCGAUCUGAUCCGUGCUACCCUCUUUCCCGGCGACGGAAUCGGGCCUGAGAUCGCCGAAUCUGUCAAACAGGUAUUUAAAGUUGCCGAUGUGCCAAUUGAAUGGGAAGAACAUUUUGUGGGAUCAUCCAUUGAUCCUCGAACCCAGAGUUUCUUAACUUGGGAAAGUCUGGAAUCCGUAAGACGCAACAAAGUUGGCUUGAAAGGGCCUAUGGCCACACCAAUCGGGAAAGGUCACCGCUCUCUUAAUCUUACCUUGAGGAAAGAGCUCAAUCUAUAUGCCAAUGUUAGACCUUGUUAUAGUCUACCUGGGUACAAGACAAAGUACGAUGAUGUUGAUCUCAUUACUAUCCGUGAAAACACGGAAGGGGAAUACAGUGGUCUUGAACAUCAGGUGGUCAGGGGUGUUGUCGAGAGUCUCAAGAUCAUUACACGGCAGGCAAGUCUGAGAGUUGCCGAAUAUGCUUUUCACUAUGCCGAGACCCAUGGACGAGAAAGAGUAUCCGCCAUUCACAAAGCCAAUAUCAUGCAGAAAACUGAUGGUCUUUUCCUUAAGUGUUGUCGCGAGGUCGCAGAAAAACACCCAGAUAUAAUAUAUGAAGAGGUUGUGAUUGACAACUGCUGUAUGAUGCUUGUGAAGAAUCCGUCACUUUUUGAUGUGCUUGUGAUGCCAAAUCUUUAUGGUGACAUAAUCAGUGAUCUGUGUGCUGGUUUGAUUGGAGGUUUGGGCUUAACUCCCAGCAUCAAUAUUGGUGAGGGAGGUAUUGCUCUUGCCGAGGCUGUACAUGGUUCUGCACCUGAUAUUGCUGGGAAGAAUUUGGCAAACCCAACGGCUUUGCUCCUGAGUGCCGUGACCAUGUUGCGCCAUUUGGACCUGCACGAGAAAGCGGAUAUUAUUCAGAAUGCUGUCCUGAAGACAAUUGCAGAAGGUAAGUAUAGAACGGGCGAUCUUGGUGGGAAAUCAACGACAACUGACUUUACCAAGGCCAUAUGUGAUCAACUUUGA